AUGUCUGACGCCGCUCGACUCGACCGCCUUGAAGCUCUCAUCAUGAAGAUGGUAGCCCCUAAUCGACCUGCAGAUGAACCUGCUCCCGAUACAUCAACAUCAAGCCGCCUUCAUGUCAUCCCUGAGCCAUACCGACGACCGAAAGCUCCAGCCCAGCCCGUGUAUAGCGAAGACGAGGCCGAAGAGGACUCAUGGGAUGGAGAGCAAGACGACCCCGAAGACCCAGAAGCUACCCCUCCCCCCCUGCCCAGACACAAACCAACCCGAGGUGAAUCAUCUGGAUAUGCACCUAGGUCGACUCAGGCCCGUAGUACUCGUGAUUCACCAGACGUCGGCCCAUCCAACCUUGCUCGACGAGCUCAUGCACUGGUACAAGCCAACAAGACUACGCCCUUCAUUCGCGCAGAGGGUAUAAGGUCUGCAGGUGCUGGUAACUUCAAGCAACGAGGCCAUGGUGGGGGCUACGCUUUUGGAGGUCAUCCUCUGCAGCAGACCUCUCGUCCUCCCAAGAAACCUGGCAAGGACGUCAAGGCUUGCAAAACCGGAAUGGUGGUCUAUAUCCCAGACGGUUCUUUUGUCAGAGACAAGUUGACCCUUGUUUCUAUCUUCAAGAGCAAAUGGGCCGGUACCAAGGAGUACCUGUCUACAGCUGGCUAUAUGCAACCUCUCCAUUUCAAGGCCCACAUGAGCGCGAAAGACAUGGUUGAACACGUUGAAACGAUCUUCAAAUCAAGCCGACCUUUACCCCGCCUCUGGUCUUGGGCCUUCCUUCAACCGGCUUCACAGAGUCUCAACCCUGCCGCUGUGUAUUCACCCUGGGAUACGACCCUCGACAAUCUCCGUGCGCGUUGCCUCGACACGCAGUUCAUCUGCAUCAUUCCGGAGACUUGGGAGACCCAGCACCACUCAGGCUUUCGGCGUGCUGUUGCUCAAGCAAUCAGCCGUGAUCCUGUGUCUUGGCAACCUCUACCCAAGACCCCCAUGGGCCCUCCCUUGAGCCAGGCAAAGAAGGGAAAGAGAAGGGCCGUACGCGAGACGUCAUCCGAAUUAGACCGGGAGGAACAGCGAUACCGCGAUGCAGAAGCGUUAGAGAUCGCUAUGGCAGAUCCGACAUGCCCAGGUUGUGGCAGAUCAUACCCUACGGACCGGCUAGAGUGGCAUGUCACCAGCUGUGCCAAGGCUAUUGCCCUGAACCAGGUGGAGAGCUCAGAAUCGGAGCCAGAAGGGGUCGUUGAUCUAGACGCCGUUCAGCGUGAAAACACGCUCGACACAGACCCAGGCGAUCGGGAUGUCAUCACGAUCGACGAUUACGACAACCUGGGCAAGAUCACUGAAGACUUCCAGGCCAUCUGCUGA